AUGGUUACAGGUAGCAAUAAACAACUUGGCCAAAAAGUCCAAGAACCCUCAAUCUUUGUGAGAGGCACAGAGAUUAAAAAGGUUAAUGCGAGCAAGUCGCUUGGCCUAUUGCUUCAUGAUACUUUAUGGAGGGUGGGAAAGGGUAUUUUCGUGAGCCGUGAAUGGCGAAUAUUUGUUCCUGUGAAAUGUCAAAUGCUUGAUCUUAGUGUCGUGAAAUGUGAUUUGCUCUACAGCCGUGAGGCGUGAUUGUUGAUAAAAAUGCUCCAUGAAAUGAGAAUUAAGGAUGCCUGUUUCGCGAACUGUGAUUAUUAUAGUGAUUAUUAUAAUAAACAUGAUACGCGAUAAUCAAAUUUAUAUGAUCUCACUCGAUUGCACAAGAGUAAAAACUUCGGAGGCCUUUCGCGAGGUUCUUGACGCUGAGGACAAGAUUUCUGACGCUGAGGACAAGGAUCCUGACGCAGAGGACAAGGUUCCUGACGCAGAGGACAAGAUUCCUGACGCUGAAGACAAAGUUCCUGGCGAGCAGCACAAGGUUCCUGCCGCUGAGGACAAGGUUUCCGGCGCUGAGGACAAGGUUCCUGCCGGUGAGGAAAAGGUUGCUGGCGCUGAGGAUAAGGUUCCUGGCGGUGAGGACAAGGUUCCUGCUGGGAAGGACAAUGUUCCUGGCGGUGAGGACAAGGAUCCUCGCGCUGAGGACAAGGUUCCUGGCGCUGAGGACAACGUUCCUGGCGCUGAGGACAAAGUUCCUGGGGCUGAGAACAAGGUUAAUGGCUGUGAGAACAAGGUUAAUGGCUGUGAGGACAAGGUUACUGGCCGUGAGGGCAAGGUUCCUGGCGGUAAGGACAAGGUUGCUGGCUGUGAGGACUAGGUUACUGGCGGUGAGGACAAUAUUCCUGGCCGUGAGGACAAGGUUCCUGGCGGUGAGAUCAAGGUUCCUGGUGGUAAGGACAAGGUUCCAGGCGGCGAGGACAAGGUUACUGGCUGUGAGGACAAGGUUCCUGGCGGUGAGGACAAGGUUACUGGCGGUUAGGACAAGGUUACUGGCGGUGAGGACAAGGUUACUGGCUGUGAGGACAAGGUUCCUGGCGGUGAGGACUAGGUUCCUGGCGGUGGAAACAAGGUUCCUGGCGGUGAGGACAAGGUUACUGGCGGUGAGGACAAGGUUACUGGCGGUGAGGACAAGGUUACUGGCGGUGAGGACAAGGUUGCUCACGCUAAGGACAAGGUUCCUGACGCUGAGGACAAGGUACCUGGCGAGCAGGACAAGGUUCCUGGCGCUGAGGAUAAGGUUCCUGCGCUGAGAAGAAGGCUCCCGGCGGUGAGGACAAGGUUCCUGGCGCUGAGGACAAUGUUCCUGGCGGUGAGGACAAGUUUCCUGGCGGUGAGGAAAAGGUUCCUGGCGGUGAGGACAAGGUUCCUGGCGGUGAGCACAAGGUUCCUGGCGGUGACGACAAGGUUACCGGCUGUGGGGAAAAAGGUUCCUGGCGGCGAGGACUAGGUUCCUGGCGGUGAGGACAAGGUUCCUGGCGUUGAGGACAAGGUCCUGGCGGCCAGGACAAGGUUACUGGCAGUGAGGACAAGGUUCCUGGCGGUGAGGACAAGGUACCAGGCGGUGACAACAAGGUUCCUGGCGGUGAGGACAAGGUACCUGGCGGUGACGACAAGGUUCCUGUCUGUGAGGACAAGGUUGCUGGCGGUGAGGAUUAGGUUCCCAGCGGUGAGUUCAAGGAUCCUGGCCGUGACGACAAGAUUCCUGGCGGCAAGGACAAGCUUCCUGGCGGUGAGCACAAGGUUCCUGGAAGUGAGGACAUGGUUCCGCGCGAUGAGGACAAGGUUCCUGGCGGUGAUGAAAAGGUCCUGGUGGCCAGAACAAGGUUACUGGCAGUGAGGACAAGGUUCCUGGCGGUGAGGACAAGGUACCAGGCGGUGACGACAAGGUUCCUGGCGGUGAGGCCAAGGUACCUGGCGGUGACGACAAGGUUCCUGGCUGUGAGGAAAAGGUUCCUGGCGGUGAGGACAAGGUUCCUGGCUGUCAGCACAAGGUUCCUGGCGGUGAGGACAAGGUCCUGGUGGCCAGAACAAGGUUACUGGCAGUGAGGACAAGGUUUCUGGAGGUGAGGACAAGGUACCAGGCGGUGACGACAAGGUUCCUGGCGGUGAGGCCAAGGUACAUGGCGGUGACGACAAGGUUCCUGGCUGUGAGGACAAGGUUCCUGGCGGUGAGCACAAGGUUCCUGGCGGUGACGAAAAGGUUACUUGCUGUGGGGAAAAAGAUUCCUGGCGGCGAGGACUAG